CAACAUUUUCUUCCUCAUUAUAAAACAAAUUCAAAGUGAACUUGUAAAAGGAAAAAAAAGAGUGAAAAUCAUGAAUUUAGAUCGGUUACCUGAAGACUGUUUUGCACACAUUUUGUCACUCACUUCGCCUCAAGAUGCAUGUCGUUCGUCUCUAGCCUCGUCUUGUGUUCGUGCCAUGGCCGAUUCGGAUAGUCUUUGGGAUCAUUUUCUGCCAUCUGAUCUGAAAGAAAUUUUAUCAAGAUUGGUGUUUCCUAUUGUUUACUCCUCCAACAAGCAGUUGUUUUUCAAGUUAUGCAGUCCAUGUCUAAUUGAUGGUGGUAAGAAGAUAUUUUGGAUAGAAAAAUCAACAAAUAAGAAAUGCAUUAUGCUGAGUGCAAGGGAGCUCUCUAUAACAUGGGCAAGUCAUCCUUUAUAUUGGACUUGGAAACCGCAAUUCCUGAAUCAAGAAGUAGCUGAGCUCAUAACAAUGUGGUGGCUAGAAAUUUGUGGCACUGUGAACACCAAAAUGCUCUCCCCAAACACACUUUACACAGCCUAUAUGGUUGUGAGGUUCGCGGACCGCGCAUACGGAUUAGAUUUUCUACCUUCUGAGGUUUCAGUUGAAGUUGGUGAUUUCAAAGCAGUUGGCAAAGUGAACUUGAGUCCUCAAGAAGGAAGAAGGAAACAUUAUUUCCAACGUGUGCAUUUUCUAAAGGAAAUGGGGGCUUUGAGGUCAAGGUUGCUUAAAGAUGAAGAAAGUAUAGUCUUUGGUGAGGGAGAUAAUGGUUGGAUCAAGAUUGAAUUGGGAAGCUUUUUCAAUGACUGUAAUGGUGAGGAGCUAAAGAUCAGCCUCAGGGAAGUGAAGGGUCAGCACCUUAGAGGAGGUUUAAUUGUUGAGGGAAUUGAAAUAAGGCCUAAACAUCAUUGAAUGUCUCCAAAAUGUUAAUUUUUUGUUUUUUAUUUUUAGUGAUUGGCAAUUUAGCUUACCAGGGAUGUUUCUUUGAAGUAUUUUUUGGCGAUAAAAAUUGAGAAACACUAUGCAUGCCUAUGUUUGGAAAUUGGAAUUUUGUGAAAAAAAGAAAAGAUUGGGAAGGAAACUGUGAAAAAGAACCAAUUU